GACGCUGUGGAAGAGAGCACGCACGUAGGGCGAGUCGCGCCCCCAUGAGCGACCUCGCGUGAAGAGAACCACGAGAGGUGGUGGUGGGAGGCCGCCUGACAAUAGCCACGGUUCUAGAACAUUCGUUUUGAAAGGAGCGGGGGGGGGGGGGGGGGGCGCGCGUUCUCGACUGUUCUGCAGGGGUUGGGGGAAGGGCGGGGCUUCGCCUAGGAGUCUCAGCAUGGCGUUCAAAAACUACAGCAGCCUGCAGCGUGCUCAGCUGACCUUCGAGUAUCUUCACACUAACUCAACUACACAUGAAUUCUUGUUUGGGGCCCUUGCUGAGCUUGUAGAUAAUGCCAGAGAUGCAGAUGCCACAAGGAUAGAUAUCUUUACUGAAAGACGAGAGGACCUGCGAGGUGGGUUCAUGCUGUGUUUUUUGGAUGAUGGAGCAGGAAUGGAUUCAAAUGAUGCUGCGAGUGUAAUUCAGUUUGGUAAAUCUGCUAAACGGUCACCAGAAUCUACUCAGAUUGGACAAUAUGGGAAUGGUUUGAAAUCGGGUUCCAUGCGGAUUGGCAAGGAUUUUAUUCUCUUCACAAAGAAGGACUACAGUAUGACUUGUCUUUUCCUGUCGCGCACAUUUCAUGAGGAAGAGGGCAUUGAUGAGGUGAUUGUUCCACUGCCUACCUGGAAUGCCUGUACUGGUGAGCCUUUGACAGACAAUAUGGAGAAAUUUGCUAUUGAAACUGAGCUGAUUUACAAAUAUUCACCCUUCAAAUCAGAACAAGAAGUGAUGGAGCAGUUUCGCAAGAUUCCUGGGGAGAAAGGGACCCUGGUGAUCAUCUUCAACCUCAAACUGAUGGAUAAUGGUCAACCUGAAUUGGAUGUGUUGUCUGAUCCUCGAGAUAUCUGGAUGGCUGAAACACCACCAGAGGGAACGAAGCCAGAACGCCACUCCUUCCGUGCCUAUGCAGCUGUGCUUUACAUUGAUCCAAGAAUGAGAAUCUUCAUCCAUGGACACAAAGUACAAACAAAACGUCUUUCCUGUUGUUUGUACAAGCCUAGGAUGUACAAAUACACUUCCAAGCGCUUUAAGACCCGAGCAGAGCAAGAAGUGAAAAAAGCAGAACAAAUGGCUCGGAUUGCGGAAGAGAAAGCUCGGGAAGCAGAGAGCAAAGCCCGUGCUUUGGAGCUGCGCCUUGGAGGGGAUCUUACAAGGGAGUCAAGGGUCAUGUUGUGUCAAACCCAGGACAUGGCAAUAAACAUGCGGAGAGAAGCUGAUGUUAAAAAGAGGAUCAAAGAGGCAAAGCAACGAGCACUGAAGGAGCCAAAAGAGCUGAACUUCAUAUUUGGGGUGAACAUUGAACAACGUCAUUUGGAUGGGAUAUUUGUCUAUAACUGCAGUCGACUGAUUAAGAUGUAUGAGAAGGUGGGCCCACAGCUGGAGGGUGGCAUGGCAUGUGGUGGUGUUGUAGGAGUGGUGGAUGUCCCUUACUUGGUUUUGGAGCCUACGCAUAACAAGCAGGACUUUGCAGAUGCCAAAGAGUAUCGACACUUGCUUAGGGCAAUGGGAGAACAUCUGGCUCAGUACUGGAAGGAUGUUGAGAUUGCUCAGAAAGGUAUAAGCAAGUUCUGGGAUGACUUUGGCUAUUUGUCUGCUAACUGGAACCAGCCUCCAUCAAAUGAAUUGCGUUAUAAACGGCGGAGAGCCAUGGAGAUCCCCACUACUAUUCAGUGUGACCUGUGUCUGAAAUGGCGGACCCUCCCCUUCCAGCUCAGCUCUGUGGAGCAAGAAUAUCCAGAUAAAUGGGUGUGUGCUAUGAACCCCGAUGCUGAGCAGGACAGGUGUGAUGCUCCUGAACAGAAGCAGAAGGUUCCUCUGAGUUACCUAAAGAAGGAGAAGUCACAGGAGGAUAAGCAGAAAGAGCUGACAAAUAAAAUUCGCCAACAGCAGGAGAAACUGGAAGCCUUACAGAAAACCACUCCAGUACGUUCCCAAGCUGACCUGAAGAAACUGCCCUUGGAGGUCUCCACACGUCGUGUGCAAGAGAACUCAGAUUUGCUGAGCAGGCCGCAGCGGCCACGGUCUCCCCCUCUGCCAGAUGUGAUUAAGAAUGCUCCCAGUAGGCCCCCAGUCCCGCCUCCUCCUUCCAGGCCCCUCACCCAACAGCGGAAGGGGGCUCCACCUCGACCAGCCAUCAGCUCUUCCAGGCCACAGAGUAUAAUAUCCAGGGAAGAAUCAAGCCUUUCCAGGAUACAGCAUCAUCACAUGGAUCCUGGAAGGUCUACAGCCCCUGUAGUAAGACCUCAAGGAAGUGCAAGGACACCUCCAGUGCCUCUUCAAAACUACAAGAGCCCUCAUCCAUCCCCUAGCUCAAAACACUUGAAAGUGCUACUGCCAACAAAGAAAUCCCCAGUCAUGAAGCCUAUGCAGGCUUCCAGUUCCCGGAAGAGAAGCAUUAGCACAAUAGAGGGUGAAUUGGAGGAGGAGAGUGAGCUAAGAAAAGAGAAAAGAAAACAGAGCAAACCCAUGACAGUAAAGGAUGAGAAGAAAGAUUCCAGUGAGGUGGUGGUGGAACUCACAGAUAGUGCAGGGGAAGAAGAAUUGGCAGAAUUGAAAAGAGCACAGAAAGAUAAAGGACAACAUGUGGAAGUAAGAGUGAACAAGGAGUGGUUCACAGGGCGAAUUACAGCUGUUGAGGUGGGCAAGCAAGCAGUCCGCUGGAAAGUGAAGUUUGAUUAUGUCCCGACCGAUGUUACUCCAAGAGAUCGCUGGGUAGAGAGAGGCAGCGAGGAUGUACGGCUGAUGAAGCCUCCCUCUCCAGAAUACCAAAGUCCAGAUAUGCCAUUACCACCACAGCAGCAGCAGGAGGAAACUGUUCCAGCUGAACCCUCUACCUCUGAAUGUGUCCGAACUGAGCCAGACACCACUGGCUCCAGCAGCAGCCAUGAGACUGUAGACUUGUUAGCCCAGGUCCUCCGGAAUUGUUUGCGGUACUUCCUGCCUCCAAAUUUCCCUAUCACCAAGAAGGACUUGAGUUCUAUGAGUUCAGAAGAGCUGGGGGCUUUCCCACUGAAAGAAUACUUCAAGCAGUAUGAGAUGGGCCUACAGAACUUAUGCAACUCAUACCAGACUCGAGCUAAUGCCCAGGUCAAAGCUUGUGAGGAAAAGCUUCACAUCCAGGAACAGAAGCUCAUAGAAACAAAAGAAAAGCUCCAGAAGCUCAGGACGAACAUAGUAGCACUGCUCCAGAAAGUGCAAGAGGACAUUGACUUCAACACAGAUGAUGAACUGGAUGCUUAUAUUGAGGACCUGAUCACUAGGGGAGAUUAAAUAGCCAAGAUUCCAGAAGCAGUGUGAAAUUGGGAAGGUUUCACUCUCCAUGUUCUCUGGCACAUUGAAAUGUGAUAAGGGAGCAGCCAAAGUCUAUGUUCAGCAGUGUGCCCCACAAUGUUAGAGACUGUGUACUGUAUUAGCAGUGUGUUGGUGUACAACUUGCUUGUAUUACUUUUUAUAUAUAUAAUGGAACAAGAAACUGUGCUGUUGGAAGGCUUUUAACCCUUUGUUUAUAAAUAUUUUGUUAAAAAAUGGCA